AACGCUCAACGCGGUGAGGGCGAUGGAUGACGCCCGCCUGGAAAAUCCCGAUCUUUACGCGUCUUACACGCGCCUCAUUAAGCCGGGAGCCUUUACUCUGUACUCUUGACUCUUUCCCUCUUUUUUCUUAGUUUAUUUCUUCCUCGCUGCUCUCUACCCAAGACAGCGAAGGAGGGAGAACUUCUCCAAACUUGCCUGAGAAGAAAGCGCUAGCCGUCCGGCAUCGAGACUUGACGGAGCCCCAAAGAAUGGCGGAGCAACAGAAGCCCGCUACCGGCUAUCCGGCCGCCUCCAGCCAGUACCCAGCCGGGUACCCACCGCCGCAGUCGUAUGCCCCAGCCUCCAAUGGCUACCCUCCUUCCGGCUACCCGCCAUCGUAUUAUCCGCCACCUCCACCUCCUCCGCCGAACCAGGCAUAUUAUUACGGCGAAUCUGGGGGCUACAGCACGUCGCCCUUCUUUCGGCGGCUGAUCAUCGCCACGAUUGCCAUCUUCCUCAUUGUGGGUGCGGUUUUUUUCAUCAUCUGGCUUAUCUUUCGGCCGCAGAUACCCAAUUUUUCGGUCAACUCCGUCACUGUCCGCCAAUUCAACAUUUCUGGCGGCCAAUUGACCGCCGAUUGGGAUGUAACUUUCGCCGUCGACAACAGGGACAAGAGGAUGGCGGUCUCCUACGGCAGGAUCGAGGCGCUGGUCUUAUACAACGAAGCCAAAUUGGCUGACACGCCCCUCUCUCCUUUCCAGCUGGAAAAGAAAAGUAACACAACCCUCACGGCCAAGUUUGCUGCUGUCUCGGCGUUCGUCUCCGACAGCGGCAAGUUGGCUUCUGAACGAAGCGCAGGUCAGGUACACUUCAGGUUCCUCGUAUUGUCGGUCGUGCAAUUCCAGUCCGGCGGUUGGCGCACGCGGUGGAGGUCAUUGAAUGUCCGCUGCAACGACGUGGAGAUCGAUUUUCCAAGAUCGACAACUAAUGGGACUGAAGGAACCUUGAAGUCGCCGAGUGGCUGCUCCGUGUACAUGUGAGUUCUGUGUCCUGCUUCUUGCGCGCCUUGUGCUCCGUGUACGGACGAUUGACCGAGAUGAACCCGACACUUGUAUGAACUGUAUUUCAGCCUUGCUGAUUGUCUUUUUUUUUUGUGGUUGUGAUGUUUUUACUCCACUUCGCAUGAAUGGUUAUUCGGAUAUAGAAUUCUAUGUUUUUGUGAAUGAUAACUAGGAAAGUCUUGCUUCUU